AAAUCUUUAUGUAUGUUUAUCUUGAGUAAGUAAAAUUGAUUUCAAUUUCGACUACUAGGCGCAUGCGUUCUGAAGAAGCAGCCAGGAAGGGGGACUCCAGUUUGGCAUUCUAGGUACCAACAUCAGUACUGCGUACGAGGGAAGCUAUCGCCCGACUUCAAAUACAUGAUCCUUGGCUAAUCCUCCAGCCUCUUGGGAACGAAGAUAAUAACCCGUGCCGGAAUUAGCUAGACACAAACACGAAAACAAAACAACGUUUAACAUAAAACAAAUUGGCUACUGUCGCUUUUCCUGAUUUACAGGUUCCUUCCUCUCUCCGGGUUCGUUGAGGAUGAGGUUCCCGACCAUCAGACGGUGUCCUGGGGAAGGAGAUGGGAAGAAGGAACUGGCACCUCCAUUUAGGAACCCCUUUGUGCAUGACUUGAGAUUCACCCCGCUGGAAAAGGCAAAGAUAGCGUUGAUGACGGUGACUCUGUUCCCCAUCCGGUUGUUCCUGGCAGCCUUCAUGAUGCUGCUGGCCUGGCCCUUCGCCUUCAUCGCCUCUGUGGGACGCAACGAGAUGGUGGUGGAACCCCAGUCUCUAUGGAGGAAGUUUGUGGACGUGGCUCUGAGGACCAUCAUGCGGGUCAUGUGGUUUGCAGGAGGCUUCCAUUGGAUGACGGUGAAGGGGCGCCAGGCGCUACCGGCCGAGGCCCCUAUCCUAACGCUGGGACCCCACUCCUCCUACUUCGAUGCUAUCCCCGUCACCAUGUCCAUGUCCUCCAUCGUCAUGAAGGCAGAGAGCAAGGACAUCCCUGUCUGGGGCAGUGAGUAG